AUGUCUUCAAAGCAAGCCGGAAUGAACGCGAACUCUGUUGCCAGCCCCGUCUUCCGGAGGCAGGCCUCGAACGGUUAGCUCUUUUUCCACACAAGUUUCAUCCGGGUUACAAACACUCCAAAUUUUUUUGCAUUUGUUUUCAGAUAGAAGUUUAAAUUUUAUUUUAUCAGACGUUUGAUUUUGUUUUCAUUCACUAUUUAGAAAUUUUUCGUUUUUAUGUAAGCUUCUUUAAGAUUAGGUACCGCUGACUAAAUUAAUUUAUCACUGAGAAUCUGAGAACCUUGACAUAGAAUUCUUAAUUUCUUAAUCACAGCUUUUUCGAAUGAACAUAUUUCAAACCAAAAAAGAGAAACUUUAAUGUCAUGGUAUUUUCUUUUGACACUCGAAUUUUUUUUGAUAGCAAUCAAGUUCCAAGAAGUUUUGCACAAAUGAAUCAGCCAGAACUAGUUUCGAAACAGGUUAAAUCCAUCUUAGCUUUUAUAUUAGCUUUUAUUAAAUUCGAUACGGUGCAAGCAAAAAAUUUUUUGAUUUUUGUUUUGAGAUCAAUGAAAUCCGACUUGGUUCAAAGUUAAUUCGGUAAAGUUUAUCAGCAUUGUUUUUUUGAAUUUUUUUCACCAGCGCGAGGCCUCCAUUUUUCAGAAUAACUUUUUUCAAAUUGAAUUGAGCUUGUUGUUAACUUUCGAAAAGCGAAACGCAUCAGGUUUUUUCAGCUCGCAUAAAAUAAAUUGAAUUCUCAUAAUUGUUGCGAUUUUCGAGUAGAAUCCAGUUCAAUAAACAAAGUGCGAAGUGGCCACGCAUUGAGAGGGGGAGGUUUGAGAAAGUUGAAUGAAACGGCCGACGGCGGUGCAAUUGUAUGAUUACUGAGCAAUCAGACGUACCGGCGGAGGCACAAAUAUCUCUCACAAAUCCCACUUACCCUGAUCCACACGGUUCUCGUAGCGACGGCCUCUGCACCGUCGAAUUUGAAUGUUUGCUGCCGAAUUCCCAAAAACAACUGACCCCGGAAGUUUUGUCAAAUUGCGCCACGCCGAAGAGAAUGCGUGCACGGCGGCUGCUCGCGGCUCUCGGCUCUCCAAGCGUUUCACCAGGGACUCUUUGUAUCGUGCGUUUUCUAUAUGAACUUAGACUUUGAACUUUCUCUUGUGGCUCUUUUUUUUCUGUUUAACGGCAUUAGAAGAAGAUAUAAGUAUUAUUAAAAACAAACUGUGAUCAUUCUACUAUAUUUACAUGUUCUGACUUGAAUAAAUAUCUACUCAAACUGAAAUGUAGAAGUUUCAGCAUGCAGUGAUGUAAAUUCAUCUCAGUUUUUUUAAAAGAAGAUGUUUCAUGAAAUAUAAACAUUUUUUUGCAUUUAGAUUGUAACUAUCAAUUGAAAUUUGUGAAAAAAAUGUAGUCCUCAUUGCCAUUCUUCAUUCUGAGGUUUUUUUCAUUUUGAAGCUGAAUUGUUCCAAAAAAUUUUGACGCGCGAACAAACCAUUCAUUACUUCCUCAUAUUUUUCAUGUAUCAAACAACUUUUCAUUAGAAAUCAUGAACCAAACAAAAAAAAAUUAUGCACCAACAUAACUUUUAAACAUUAGAUAUUUGAAUAUCCACAAAAGGAAUGUUUCUUGUAAAAUGGAAGUCAACCGCAAAGCGUCUGUUUUUCUUUCUCACUUUUCUUCAAUCAAUUAGUAACAAUUUAGUUCUGUGUUUUCAGAGUAGAGAUUUUUGAAAAUAUAUUCAAUAAUUUCCUCAUUCUUCGGAUGUUCAAUAUCUUUUCAGUAGGCGCUGGACUGAAUCCCGUCCUGACCGUCGCGUUAUCACCCGUCCCUAAAGUUGAUUACAGUGUCACAAAGGUUAGUCUUCAAGCAAGAAAAUGCCGGUUCCUCAUGUUUUCGAAAAUUUUUCAAACCUGAUGAUUUUCAGGGCGGUGCUCGAACGUGGAUUGUUUUACUUGUAUUUGUAUUCCUUUGUUCUAGUCUCUAUACAAUUUUCUCCGCCAAAGAUAUCGAGGAUAUCUCUCAUGGUGAGUUUUGAAAGUUAUUUAAAGGGAGCCUAUAUUGAAUUUAGAUCUCAAUGUUGACGAUACUGAUGAUGCCGACCUUUAUUCGCAUUCUUCACAUAACUCACAAGCAACUGCACCUGAAAGGUAACAUUUUGAAAAUGUUUGUCUGAGAGAUAAGCUUUCAGGAACGUAGACGAUGGAGAAAAAGAAGAAAUAGUGAAAAAACAAGCACCCAAAGACUCUCAUGUUCAAGAAGAUGGUAAACUAAGUGAAAAUUCAAUUUGUCAGAAUCGCUUUAGAUGACGAAGAGGACGAAGAAACUGAAGAAUAUUCGCUUGGCGGUCGGCUUUUCGCUGGCCUUCAGAAAAAGAUCACAAGUCGCAUGAUGAAAUUUGUUUAAAUUUUUUCAAAUUUCUGAAUUGGUUGUUAACUUUCAGGCGGAGAAACAUGAAAAGGAAGAUCGUCGACCUGAAAAAGAAAGACCUCAUCAAAAACCCCAGCCGGCACCACAACCCUCUAUCAAAAAGCUGAAAAGAAAAGCUGUGGAAGCAGUUAUAGAAGAGGUCAGUCAUUCUAUGAACUGAUACUAUGAAUUUGAAAGUCUAUUUUAGUCUGAAGAAGAACCGACAAAAGAGCGCUCUCGUCCUCAAUCACGUCGUCAGAUUCGAAAGCAGAAAUUAGUAGAACCCCCUGAAGAAGAUGAUGACGAUGAUGACGACGACGAUGACGAUGACGACGACGACGACGAUGAUGAUGAAGAUGAUGAUGACGAUAACGACGAUGUGAAGGUUGAAAAGGCCAAAAAAGUUGGUGGUGAUGAGAAAAAUCGCAAAAAAGACUCAAACUAUAGGAAGAAGUGAACGCGAAGAAACAGAAAGAUAUAGCAACCAAUGAGAAGGAAAAAGAAGAUAACGAUGACAUCGUUGACGAUAAUGAAGAUGACAAAGAAGAGGAAGUUUUGUCUCCAAUAGAGCUAAGAAAACAACGUCGACAUAACCAGAACAGGUUUUUUGGAGAUUUUUCUUGAAAAAAAAAGCGCCAUUAAAGUAGUUUUCUUACAGUGAAAUUUCAGAAAACAUCGAGUUGCAACAAGAGCUGGCGAUUGCCAUCACAAAGACUGCGCUGACUUUGAGUCUGUGAAACCGAGGAAGUCGCUCCUUCGUAGAAAACAUGUGGUAAGGAAAGCCUUAAAUUUUUUUAAUUUUUUUCAAAUUUUUUUCAAGUUUUUUUACAUUUUCAGGCCAAAAAAACAAACGACAAGAGGAUGAAGUAGUUGAUGAUGAGGAAGAUGAUGAGGAAGAUGAAGAAAACGACUCGAAAAGUGCUGAAGAGCAGAAAGAUGAAGACGACGAUGCGGAAGAAAAUGAACAUCUGUCUUCGGAAAGGUGCUAUUCAUUUUUCCUCUUAAAAUAAAUGUAGUGUGAUGGGUUCGAAAAUCCGUUUUUAAAAAGUGAUUAAAAAAAUUUUUUUCUUCUCCUUCGACAAUUAAUAGGUUUUUCUCUUUAUAAAUUUGGUUGCAAUUAAUGCUAUUUGAGAAUCAACACCAUUUAAUCGUAAUUUUAUUCAUUUAAUCGUAUUUUAAUAAUAGAAAAACCAAAAAAAUUGUUCAACAUGACGCUAUAGAAAAACUGGAAAAAAUCGAGAAAUUUCAAAAAUUUCGUAUUUUAUAAAUGAAAAAUCACGUCUUCAUUAACAUUUUUGCGGACGCAUGAGAAAUAAAAUCAACUGUUGAGAAGUUGAAAGGAAUAUAACCAAAAUUUGAGACGUUUUGCACAAAAGAACUUUUUACCAGUGUAGAUUAUGAUGUGUGUCACUUUGGGGCAAGUCCGUUGGCAAAAAUAAAUCACAGUUUCAUAGAUUUUAAAAAGAUUGAGAUCCAUUCAAGGAAGUUGUAAGAGGAAAAAUUUUUUCGUAUUUUUUCUCAAGGUAUUGUAUUCAUUCUCAUUUCAAACACCUCAAUAAAGUUUGACAGAGGCUUUUUAAGUUUCUCAUCAAAACUCUUAAUGACUAUUUGAUUUGCAGAGAACCAAAAAAAGAGUCAUAUCGGCGGCACGCGAUAACAACAAAGGAGGAAAUCGGAUUUCGAGACAUUCUUGACCGCGCCGAUCAUCUCGUUGAAAAGGUAUCGCCUAAGGCCAAAUCUAGCCGAAGUCUGGUACGCAAAGGCCGGAAGUGAAGGUCGGCGCGAUUUACUGUAUCUUAGAGCUCUCGAAAAUUGUUAUUUCUGCCUUGUCGUGCGGGUGCUGUGAUUGAUCCCUUUGAUUUGUCAAUCUCAUGCGUGAUCAGAUGUCUAAUAAAUAUUUGAAUUUGUUCAUUCACAUCGCAUGAUUUAUUUGGGAACGCAAAGUUUGGCAAUGAAAAAAAUCGUUCAAAAAAAUUUUUUUGAAAUAGAAAGUUUUUCUUAAGCAAAGGUUCUACAAUGUAUCUUGGUGACUGAAAUCAAGCAUUAAAAUUUAAAAGUUUCAAUAGUUUGCUUUCUUUGAGUUUUUUUGUGGAAAAAAAGUCUUUUUUUCCGUGUUUCUUCUCAGUACCCUAUGGCGCUAAGCAGAUAUUCCUUAAAAGCAUAUCGCUGUCUCAAAAAAAUAAGUUGUCUUCAAAAAAAUUAAAAUAAACUUUGUAUUGAAUUGAGAACGACUUUUUUUAGUGGUUUUUAAGAAAGUUGGAGACGCUAUUUUUUUGAUGGAAUCUCUUAAAAAAAUUUUUUUACAGUUGUUCGUCUAAAUAUCAAAAAAAUGUGUCAGAACAGGUUUAUAAAAAAAUUUUUCAAUUUUAAAAUGACCUUACUCAUGAAAAAUUAUUAAAAGAUUAAAAAAAUUCCAGAAAAGAAAAAAAUUCGAUUGCAGCACGAAUAUGACGAAGCCAUGAAACUUUUUGAUCACGUCAUUGCCGUGUAUCCAUACUCUUCGAGAGCAUAUUUUGGGAAAGCAAGAGCCUACGACAUUCGGUAGAGCUUUCUUCCUUUCCUUUUGAGUCGGAAGAUUUCAGGGGAGAAAUAGAAGCCAGUGAAUUAUACCGAGCCAAAGCCGUUUCUAUCUACGAGAAGAUUCUACAGAAUCCCACUACUCCGGAAGCUCUUUUCCGGUUAAUAAUGAGAAAUAAAACUUUUGAAACGACGUAGAAUUCAGACAAGCGGCGCAAAGACUUAUUGAAAGGACCAGGUUCGGUGGAUCUAUGCACAAAUGCCUUCAAGCCCACAGAUUGUUUAUUGAUAGGUUUUUCUCAAAAAAACCCCUUGAAUGAGAAACUUUUUCAGAUUUCCUGAUGAACUUAGUCUGCAAUGCGACUUUGCUAUAACCUUCAUCAUGAUGAAGCGUUAUGAAGACGCGCGAUCUAUCUUGAGCAACGUUCGUUUUUUUUUUUCUUUGAAAUGUUUUCAUUUUUUUUACAGAUUUUGGCCACUGAUCCCAACAACGUACUGGCUCUUGCCUAUUACGGAUACAUUUUGAAGGUAAUUUAUAACAAGCUGCAAAAACACUCUAUUUCUAGGCGCACGACAACAAAAUUGAGCAAGGCGUGUCACUGAUGAAAAAAAGUCUCCGAGUGGCAGAUAACGAAAUCAAAGAUCCCAAGUGAGCCUAAAAACUAAAAAAAAGAGAAGACAUUUUUAUAGAUUUUUCUACCAACUUGGACAUGGACUUGUUUCCCUGGGGAGAAAGUCAGAGGUUUGUGACGUCCGCGUGAAAUAUGAACAUGGGAAAGUAAUAUUUCAGGCUGACGCCGUGUACGCAAAAGCAGCGGAGAUGGGGGUCUUUAUCACUGCCCAACAAAGGAGUUUGUAUAACAUUGAUGGACUGACCGCUCGGCCGUGGUGGAACCUCGAUCAGACUCCGUAUUCAAAGUUCUUGAAGGUAGGGUGUAAAAUAUCAUACGUUCAAUAUUGAAAAAAUUAAGCAAUUUAUGUUUUCUUCAAUUUUAGCUUUCAUAACUUUAGUUUCAUAACGGCGUUGAGUAAUCUGUCAAAGUUCCCAAAACAUUCAAACUGCAAAGAAGAUUUUUUUUUUUACUUUUGUGUCAAAAUAUUUUUGAAGUCUAAAAGUAAUUGAAUUGAAAUUUUUUGUCUUGAAAAUGAUGAAUAAAAACCCCGUUAUUCAAACCCCCUUUCUUUCAUUUCAGGGUGUGGAAAGACAAUGGGCGACAGUUCGCCAAGAAGCCAUGACUAUCCUACGAGAGUGCGACGAAUGCUGGCUUGACCAUAACCAACACCUUGUCAUUGACGGACAUUGGAAGUAUUUUCCUUUGAUGAUGGAACAAAGUUUCCUCAGGGCAUGUUCUUUCAUUCUAUUUGUACAUCCUUUCACUUGGAAAAUUCAGGAUAGUUGCGCCAGAAUGCCGCAGACCUGCCAAAUACUGCAAGAGUUUUCCAAUUCCAGUAAUGCUAGCAAAUCGGAGGUUCACAGUUCUCAGAGUGAAACAUCAUUGUCUUAUUACAGAUGUUCUUAUCAGUUUUAUCGUCCGGAGGGCAAGUUCUACCUCAUUGCGGCCCAACUAACUAUCAUCUGCAAGCUCAUUUGGGUCUCGUAGCGCCAUCAGAAGCUCGCAUAAGGUUUUUUGAAAUCUUGAUGAAAGUCAAAAGUUCAACAUUUCAGAGUCGGCAAUGAGACGCGUGGCUGGAAGUCUGGCAAAUUUAUAAUUUUCGAUGAGUCAUUCGAACAUGAAGUAACAAUGUCAAACUGUAGAUCCUUUGAUUAUGACAAUUCAGAUGCGGUUUGAUGGAGCUUCAUCUUCGUCUUUCCGGUUGUCCCUGGUCCUUCAACUGUGGCAUCCCGAUGUUCAACCCCACCAACGUGUUAUUUCAUUCCUUUCAUAG